UUAAGAGACAUCUAAAUGAAAGACUGGAGUUUAGACUCAGAACAUUAGUACAAACGAAGAGUGAGUCAACUAGAGAACACGGCAAUGUCUGCUUUAACUGCGUCACUCUACUCGACUUUCCUGUUUGUCAGCUUCUUCAUGCUUGUCUCAGCAGACCAGAAAAUUAUCAAAGCUGAAUCUGGACAGAGAGUCACUCUGACAUGUCGAGCUGAAAACAACAAGGUCAAAUUUGUACACUGGAGCAGAGCUGACCUGGAACCAGAUUAUUUCCUUUUGUACAGAGAUGGGGAGUUGCUUUCAGAUAAUCAGCAUCCAUCUUUUAAGAACCGUGUGGAUUUGCAGGACAGACAGAUGAAGGAUGGAGACGUGUCUUUGAUUCUGAAGGAUGUGACAACUGCUGAUGAUGGAACAUACAAGUGUCAUGUCUUUGUGGAAGAAACACGAUCAUGGGAACUCAUCAGUAUCAUCAACCUGAAUGUAUUUCCAGACGAGCAAAUCAUCACAGCUGAGUCUGGACAGCACAUCACUCUGACAUGUCGAGCUCCAAAUAACAAAAUCAAAUUUGUACACUGGAGCAGAGCUGACCUGGAGCCAGAAUACCUCCUUGUUUUCCGGGAUGGGCAGUCUCUUCUAAAUAAUCAGCAUCCAUCUUUUAAGAACCGUGUAGAUCUACUGGACAAACAGAUGAAAGAUGGAGACGUGUCUUUGCUUCUGGAGGAUGUGACGCUCAAUGAUGAUGGAACAUACAAGUGUCGUGUCUUCAUGGAAGAAACACGCUCAUGGAAGCUCAGCAUCAUCAAAGUGACUGUUUCUUCAGACAAGAAAAUCAUCACAGCUGAGUCUGGACAGAGUGUCACUCUGACAUGUCAAGCUCCAAAUAACAAGAUCAAAUUUGUACACUGGAGCAGAGCUGACUUGGAGCCAGAAUAUGUCCUUUUUUACAGGGAUGGGCAGUUACUUCCAGAUGAUCAGCAUCCAUUUUUUAAGAACCGGGUGGAUCUGCAGGACAGACAGAUGAAGGAUGGAGACGUGUCUUUGAUUCUGAAGGAUGUGACAACUGCUGAUGAUGGAACAUACCAGUGUCGCAUCUUCACAGAAGAAACACGCUCAUGGAAAUCUGUCAGCAUCAUCAAUCUGAAUGUUCCUCCUGACCAGAAAAACAUCAUGGCUGAGUCUGGACAGGAUGUCACCCUACCAUGUCAUGCUUCAAACAACAAGGUCAAAUUUGUACAUUGGAGCAGAGCUGAUCUGGAGCCAGAAUAUCUCUUUAUUUAUCGGGAUGAGCAGUUUCUUUUAGAUAAGAAGCAUUCAUCUUUUAAGAACUCAGUUGAUCUGCAGGACAGACAGAUGAAGGAUGGAGACGUGUCUUUGAUUCUAAAGGAAGUGACCAGUGCUGAUAAUGGAACAUACAUGUGCCGUGUCUUCAUGGACGAAAUACGCUCAUGGAAGCUCAGCAUUAUCAACCUGAGGGUUCCUCCAGAUCAGAGAAACAUCACAGCUCUGUCCAGAAAGAGUGUCAUUUUGCCAUGUGGAGCUCCAAGCAACAGCAAGGUCAAAUUCAUAUAUUGGAGUAGAGCUGACCUGGAGCCAGAAUAUCUCCUUGUUGUCCGGGAUGGGCAGGCUCUUCUAGAUACCCAGCAUCCAUCUUUUAAGAACCGGGUGGAUCUGCAAGAUAUACAGAUGAAAGAUGGAGAUGUGUCUUUGAUUCUAAACAAUGUGAAUACAGCUGAUGAUGGAACAUACCAAUGUCAUAUCUUCAUGGAAGAAACACGUUCAUGGAAGCUCAGCAUCAUCUACCUGAGUGUUCCUCUGAUCCAUAAAGACGCCAAUGCUGAGUCUGGACAGAACGUCACUCUGACAUGUCGAGCUCCAAAUAACAACAUUGAUGUUUUAGAGUGGAGCAGAGCUGACCUGGACACAGAAUAUGUCCUUUUGUACCGGGAUGAGCAGUUUGAUACAGACAACCAGCAUCCAUCUUUUAAGAACCGGGUAGAUCUGCAGGAUAGACAGAUGAAGGAUGGAGACGUGUCUUUGAUUCUGAAGGAUGUGACGAUUAAUGAUGCUGGAACAUACGAGUGUCGUAUCUUCAUGAGAGGAACAAACCACAAGGACAGUAAACCCAUCAGUAGCGUCACACUGGGAGUUGUGCCUCCAGACCAGAAAAACAUCACAGCUAAGUCUGGACAGGACGUCAGUCUGACAUGUCGAGCUCCAAAUAAAAAUAUCAAAUUUGUACAUUGGAGCAGAGCUGACCUGAAGACAGAAUAUGUCCUUGUGUACCGAGAUGAGCGACUUUUUACAGAUCACCAGCAUCCAUCUUUUAAGGACCGGGUUGAUCUUAAGGACAGACAGAUGAAGGAUGGAGACGUGUCUUUGAUUCUAAAACUUGUGACAAGUGUUGAUGAUGGAACAUACAAGUGUCGUGUGUUCAUGGAAGAAACACGCUCAUGGAAGCACAGCAUCAUCAAUCUGACUGUUCCUCCAGACCAGAAAAGCAUCACAGCUGAGUCUGGACAGGACGUCACUCUGACAUGUCGAGCUCCAAACAACAACAAAGGUGUAAAGUGGAGCAGAGCUGACCUGAAGACAGAAUAUGUGCUUUGGUACCAGGAUCAUCACUUCGUUCCAGACAACCAGCAUCCAUCAUUUAAGAACCGGGUGGAUCUGCAGGACAGACAGAUGAAGGAUGGAGACGUGUCUUUGAUUCUGAGGGAUGUGACGAUUAAUGACACUGGAACAUAUGAGUGUCGUAUCUUCAUGAGAGGAACAAACAACAAGGACAGUAAACCCAUCAGUAGAGUUACACUGACUGUUGUUGUUCCUCCAGGUCAGACAGGAGGAUCUGUUGGACUGAUCGUUGGCUUGUCAGUUUCUGCUGUACUUCUGGUUGCUGCUGUUGCUGGUUUUCUGAUCUACAAAAAAAAUUAUCAACAGAACCGGGAUUUUAACUAGCCUACAUUUAAACUCACCUGCAGGUCCACCAAGGAUCUGUUGGACUGAUCGUCGGUCUGUCAGUUUCUGCUGUUGUUAGUGUUUUGAUCUACACAGAACGACAGUGUCGGGGCACGUGCUAGCCUCCUGUUGUUUAGUGAGUGUUUGAAAUGUCUGAGUGUUUUAGAGCUGAACUCUGAGUCUCCUGCUGAUGUUGUUGGUUUGUUAGUUUUUUUGAUCUACAGAAAACAUAAAGCAACUCAAGGUUCAAAUGAGCCUCUUAAUUCUUAACAUCUGAACUGUGAGUCAGACGAUCUGAGGACAAAUAUAAAUGAACUAUAAAUAAAACUAUAAAUGAACUCUCCUGAACAUCCAUCAGAUGGACCUCAGAUGUCUCUGAUGAUCAUCAUGUUCAGACUCAGACCAACAGUGUGUGUCUGUGCUGUCUGUCAGUGACUCUGAACUACAGUUUAUUCAUCUUCAGUAUGUUCAUGAGAUAAAACUGUGUUACAAACAUGAAUGAAUUUAUGUGCUAUAAUCUCAGAAUCAACUAUUGGUUUUGUAUUUUAGCUUCAGGAUCAGCACUUUACAGUAUAAUUACAGACACUGAUAACAAGUCAAACGGUGUGUGAUGUAUAGAUGAGGUCUGUUGGAUUAUAGAUGAUCAAUAAUUCUUCUGAUAGUUUUCAGGAAUCAUUGAUCAGCUAAAACUAAAUUGCUCCCCAAAUUUUGAAUGUUUAAAGGUUGUAUAAAGUCUAUUAAGGUUUAAAAUUAAUAGAGCACUUUAAUGUUAAUAUAAAAUAUUAACUUUAAUGUCACUUUUUCCUUCUGUUUUUAGCACACAAAAAUGUUCUUUUAUAGCAACCCCAUCUUUUGUUGUGGUUAAGAGCCUACAAGUGGUGUAAACAUUUUUUGCCAUGCAAAGUGUUGCUGGUUUAUUGUAGCCAGAGAGAUAAAUUCUCUGUGUCAAGAAGGAAAUGUGACUCUGCCAAACAUCCACACAGAGCAGCUCACUAUAUUGACCCUUUCAGCAGCUGAAAGUAGCUCAAUUUUUUCAGUCAACAAUUUCUCAUAUUCUUAAGAAAAUCAUUCAGCGUAACAGCUUAGAGCUACAGUUAUAUGAAACUUAACAUUUGAGUAUUGCAGAUAUUUCUCUGAUCCUGUACUGUGAAGCUUGACAACCUCUUGACUUUUGUUGCAGGAAGCUAAAUAGUGUAAAAACAAAACUGGUAAUUUAAUAUUAAGUACCUUAUUUUUAACUUAACUUUUCUCAAUUACUAGAAAAUACAUGAAUGCCUAAUGUUUUGAACAUAAUUUUCUCUGGAAUAUGUUAUUAAUGUACACAGAUUCACCACAGCUCUCUGAGAAAAAGCUCUCUGAAGAAAGAAAAAAGGAGAUUUUAAAAGAAA